CAGCACUGACCCCUCUGCCAAGUCUGUAUUACACCCAUUAUUGGCCGCUAAUUAAAUGAGAGCAGUUAUCUGACUUAUAUAAUCCAGGCUUAUACAAUUAAAACGCAGGCUGUUCUUUUGACACCCGCUAAUCUGCUCUGCUUUUUUUCAUUUGAUCCCCUUCUACCUGGUUUUACAGCGAGUCUGAGAGCAAGGAGUGCAGGCUGGCAUUGGAGUGUCCUAGAUUGCAGUUAAUGCUCGUGCCCUUCCUUUGGAAUUUAUCCCAGAGUCUUUCCUGUCUCGAUGGUACCCUGUCUCCAGCGGUUUGUCCUGGAGAGAAGUGAUCCCAGUUUUAAAUACACUUAGCACGCUGCUUUAAAUUAACAGCAGAUGUUCAAAUCUCUCCUGGAAUUUGUAAAACUCAUGCAAAGUUCAGAACAGCUGACAGAACUAAAUUUUGGACACUCACAGACGAGGUUCACAUUUCUUGAUCACCUCGAUAGCCUUACAAGACAUCUGAUUGAGAUCUUCAAAACUGUGAAGGAAACCAGUAAGGUAGAUCCCAGUCAUUACUUCAAGUACAGUGAACAUUAUGCAGGCAUGUAGCUGAUGACUGGGUGAAAGACAGUUCCUCACUGAUACUUGCUCGCUCUGAGUUAUUAAUGCAAAGCAGUACACAGUGGGGUCUGUAAAUUCAAGUCUAGGCUUGGUGCUACGAUCAAUUCACUCGCUGUGUUGGAAAACGGCGAUCAAAGAUAUUGUGGAGUGGCCUGCUCUCCUCAUCAUCUUUUGAAGAAACUUUUCUGUUUCAAAGAAACAGCCUUCCUCGUUCACACGGGCCAUCAGCCCCACUCCUGCCUUGCUGGGACCUUGGGCCAAGGUGAAUCCAGCCCAGCUGACAAGGGCUGCUUCUAAUGAGUUAAGCUCUUUAGCUCCUCUGCUCCCAGCGAAAUGCACUGACACCCGGAUCCAUGAACACUGGGACAGAGCGCAGUGCAGCAGACUGAGUAACCGACUCUACUGCUCCUUCCAGACCCACACGCACGCGCACACUUAGGUACCAACAGGGAGUCUGAGUCCGUUCUUUCACCAGUUUCACUAUCCGCCAACUCGUCCCGUCUCCAGCCCUCCUCCUCUUCCUCCUCCUUCCUCUCCUUCUCCGUGCAACAGCAUCUUCGCCCCACCCCCCCGGGACCCCCAUCCUCAGCCCCAGCCCCUCGGCGCGCGGUCGGGCGCCAUGUCGUUCCUGCUGAAGACGAUGGUGGGGAGCCCGAUGAAGAACCUGAGCGGAGGAGGAGGAGGAGGAGGGGGGGAGGAGGAGAAGAAGGUGGAGGGAGAUGGGAAGGAGACGGCCGAGUCCAAGGGGAUGACCCGGGAGGAGUUCGAGGAGUACCAGAGGCAGCUGGUGGAGGAGAAGAUUGAGAGAGACAAGCAGUUUGCCCAGAAGAAGGCAGAGAGAGCCAGCCUCAGAAUGCACAUGAGAGGGAAGUACAGGCUGCCUCAGAGCGAGAAGGACGACGCUCAGGUCCAGAUAGUUGGGGGGGACGUGGAUCUCCCCGAGGACCUGGCCAAGAUGGUGGAGCAGGAUGAAGAGGAAGAGGAGGCCAACGACUCGCUGCUGGGCAAGAUCCAGAACAUGGAGCUGGACUUUGACGUCAUCAAAACCAAAGCCCAGGCCACCAUGACGGAGAUGAAGCAGGUGGCCGAGGAGAAGUGUGCUGUCAUGUGAUCACAGGGUGCCCCCACCCCUUUGACCCCCCCCCCACCCCCUUUCCCCAACUCUCCCCCCACGCAGCAGCAGGAAUAUUCCCAGCCUCCUGCUGGGCAGGCUCCACCUCAGCCUUUCCCUGUGCUGAUGUUGCUCGUGCUUCACAAGGCUCCAUGGGACAUCGUGGGGAUUUCCAUCUCUUAUUCAAAAACAGUCCGGAGAAGAGGGGUUUAAAUAUUGGCAGGCACCAUUUAUAGCAGGAGAUGUAACAUACUGUAAUGAACGGCUGACACACAGGUGGUACGAGCCAGUUGCAGCGCGCCCCCUACUCUCCUGUGCCUAACAGCUCAGCCGGCAAUACCCUUGUAGAGCAACGCCGGAGACCUGGGUUCGAUCCUGAGGCGGGGGACGUACUGCAGGGGCAGAAACUCCCAAGAACCCGAACACAUUCUGCACUCAUGAAUGCAAAGGCUUUCAAUGGUGCAUGCAGGUUGUCCUGUCAGACAAACGGUGUUCCCUGUUCAAUGCUUAAAAACCCCAGUUACCACAGCUCUUUUUCCAGUCAUUCCUGCACACCCAAGCACCCUCCUUGAUUCACUGCAUCCCGCGUUCUGAGUUCAAGGCGCAGUGAAUAAACCAACAGGACUGUUCAUUUGUAAGUCCUUGUUGCUUUCUCAGCUUUUGGCAGAUGUGGCUCACAUCCGUGAGGACGUUUUUUGCUUAAAUGCAGACAGCAGACUCUGUCAGUCCUGAGAACGAGGAAGAAAACCUGGAGGACAAAGAACCUGGUUUUACUGGUGUUCAUGCCAGGGCAGGGGGGCACCAGGAGGCUUCCCAGAAUGCAAAGUGGAGGUCAUCUGACAGGAAGAAUAUUUUUAAAAGAUAGAUAUAGCGAUUGCAUUUUUAUGACGCCUCUUGCAUGGUACCAUUUGUCAGGGGCUUUGUGCUCUAACCAGGUAUUUAGCACCUUUUAUAUGUCUGAAACACAUUUAUCUGUUGCUUUACUGCAAAAGAUGUUUUAAAUGGAAAUAUCUGUUACUGUGAACGAUGAAAAUAAUAUUCAUGGCCUUUUUUUUAGUUUUAUGAAGCCUUAGGCUUUGAGCAUUUUAUUAACCUGUAUUUUACUGGUCAGAAAUAAUUCAGAUGGUGUCUUGUCAUCUUUUUUUGAGGGAAUGAUCUUUUUGUUUCAUUAGAAUUAUUUUUCUACUUAUUGGAAGGAGUAAAGUCAGCAGUGCUUACUUGGGGGAGAGUAGAUUAGGUUGUGCAUGAUGAGAAUCAACAGCUGUAUAAAC